AGCACAUUUUAUAGCAGUCCACAAGGUGGCGGUCAAUCACACCUGUGUGCGGCUUAGCUUUGAAGGAGAAACAGAAGAAGAAGAAGACGCCUGGGAUUAGACAGACGAAGAAGAAGAAGAAGAGGCGGGUCGCUGCUGCUUGUAUCAGGAAUCUCACAUCAUCAUCAUCAUCAUCAUCAUCAUCAUCUUCAUCAUCAUGUCGCAGGCGAUAUUUGAGGUGUUAGAAGGCAUGGACAAUCAGACUGUCCUUGCCGUCCAGUCCUUCCUGGAUGGUCAAGCUGGUGUCCCUGAUCACACCAAUGAGAACGUCUCAGGAUCCUCUAUCCAGCCGAUGGACGACGACGACGUCUUCCUGUGUGGAAAGUGUAAGAAGCAGUUCAACUCGUUGCCAGCGUUCUUAACUCAUAAGAGGGAGCAGUGCCAGAACACGCCGUCACUCGCCACAGUGUCGCUGGCGUCCAGUCACACCUACACCCCCAUACACCCCGUCAGCUCAGUGCCACAGACACCAGCCAACAGACAGGUGUCGACGUACAUCACGGUGCCGCCGUCUCCUCUCACACACACGCUGGUGCAGGGGAACGUUCUGGUGAGCGACGAGGUUCUCAUGUCGGCCAUCUCAGCGUUCACAUCUAUGGACACACCGGUCAUGGCCAUGCAGGCGUCCUCUCAGAGCAAUCUGAGCAUGCCCAGUGCAGCAUCGUAUAUGCAGCACCACCCACAGACAUCACAGCCCCUCCCACUGCCCCAGGCUCCACCCCUUUCUGCUCAAGUUCCCUCCAGUAUUAACAGCUCAGUAGUGCAGGUGUACAGCACGCUGCCCCCAAUGGCUGGAGGAGGAAAUGCAGAGGUCCACACACUUGGCCUCCAACCCUUCCAGUCUGUGCAGGGUGGUGGUCAGUGCAUGGACAGUCAGACCGCAGACUUCGGCAGCGAACCAGUGUACAGUUCGGUUAAACCAGCACAGAAACAGAAGAGCUGUAACAGCACCGUGACUCUGAGUGAGCUGAGUGAAUACGACAAAGUCAUCAUCCCAAAAAAGACCCGCAACAACAAGAAGGGACACGAAGGAGCACAAACAAAAGCCAGAGGUCAGAAGCUGAAGUGCAGUUUCUGUGACAAAGUGUUCGCUAAAAACUUCGACCUGCAGCAGCACAUCAGAAGUCAUACGGGCGAGAAGCCGUUCCAGUGCAUCGUAUGUGGUCGAGCCUUCGCCCAGAAGUCCAACGUGAAGAAGCACAUGCAGACGCACAAGGUGUGGCCGGCCGGAGUGCACAGCACCGUGUCCAGACUCCCCGUCACCGUGAAACCUGUCCAGGAGAACGCUGCUCGACCUGCUGACGGACACGAAGGACGCGGCGUUCUGGAUCAGAGCGAAGCCGAGCUUCCGUCCGAGGCCGAAGGCUCCAAACAAGCCCAAAACAAACAGCUCUUCCUGAUCGACAGCUCGUACCAGUGCCAGUUCUGCACCGCCAAAUUCAGCAGCUACUUCCAGCUCAAAUCCCACAUGACCCAACACAAAGACGAACAGGUCUACAGGUGUGUGGUGAAGUCCUGCUCACAGACCUUCCAGAAGCUGGAGCUCUUCCUGGAGCACAUCCGUUCUCACCAGGAGCACCUGACGUACCGCUGUCACCUGUGUACCAAAGUGUUCCCGUCUCUGUUCGAGCUCGGCCUGCACCAGUACUCGCACAGCUUCUGUCCUCAGCAGAACACGCGCAAAGACACCGCGUACUACAGGUGUAACAAGUGUCAGAGUAAAUACUCCACACAGGAAGCUCUGGAGCAGCACAUCCUUACUGCUUCACACAACUUCCCUUGUCCACACUGCCACAAGGUUUUCCCCUGCGAGCGUUAUUUCCGGAGACACCUGCUCACUCACGGCGCUGUCAGCAGAUUCAAAUGCCAGAUCUGUAAAAAGUUGUUUAAAACGGAGCACUACCUCAAACUGCACACACAGAUACACUCAGGCGAGAAGCCGUAUAAAUGUUCGGUGUGCGAGGCUACGUUCAACCGUAAGGACAAGGUGAAGAGACACAUGCUGAUCCACGAACCCUUUAAGAAGUACAAGUGUCCUUUCAGGACACACGUUGGCUGCACCAAAGAGUUCAACAGACCGGACAAGCUGAAGGCACACAUCCUGUCUCACUCAGGAAUUAAACCGUUUAAGUGCCAGUUCUGUCAGAAGAGUUUCAGUCGCCGUGCUCACAUGCUCGAGCACCAGCGCUCUCACACCAACAACUACCGUUUCCGUUGCUCCACCUGCGCCAAGGGUUUCACUCGCCUCAAAUACUACCGUGAGCACCGCUGUCCACUGACCGCAGCCUCCGACACCACUGGAACAGCUGCAGGUGAAGCUCCAGGAGGGAGAGCGGAUUACACGGACGCUCAAGAUGAUGAUGAUGAUGAUGAAGACAACGAGGAAGAGGCGAGUGAAGGAAGAGGUGCAGAAGCUGAGAUGAUGAGAGAAAUGGAAGAGGAGGAGGAAGAGCAAAAUGAAGGUUUGCAGGGAGGUGGAGGCGCUGAUGAACUGCUGGAGGACACGGUGUUCGUCUCGACGGCCGAGUGACGGCUCUGUCGAAGUAUCGAACUUCACUCGGUCAUUUCUGUAAAACAGAACAGCAAACGGAGCUAAAAUGCUCCGCUACAGUAACGUGAGUGUUAAUAGCGACGGUACAGCUGUGAUUAUGAUCCUACAGGACAGGCACACGGACACAGAUCUAAGUGCACAGCUGUGUGGUGAUGCGGCGGCGCUUUACAAACUCACACCUACAGUGGACUCGUUUUCCUUAACGUGGGUUUGUUUUAUAUUAAAACGUCCAUCGGUUUCAUUCAAAUUUUCUCGUUAUAGAGAAAAGCAGAAAUGAAUUGUGUUGCUGCUGUAAUAUUACAAACGUUUGUAAUACUGGUGUGUGUGUGUAUGUGUGUAUGUUGAACCAGUGCACUUUGAAUUUACAUAAAUGAGAAUAAACGAAACCUCGAGCAUGA